CCACCGUCGGAGAAGCCCAUGUCCGAAGCAACGGGACAACAAAGCCAAGAAGCAGGUUCGACAGACGCCGCGGAGCCACGUCAAGUAAGCGAUAUGACGAGCUCCCUACCAGCCCUUCCACCGUUCGACCCGCACUCAGAUGUGUCCUCGCUCGCUCAGCGUUGGACCAGGUGGUUAGCUCGAUUCGAGAACUUCAUUCUGGCGGCCGAUGUCAAAGAUGCAGAGCGCAAGCGUGCAAUGCUGCUCCACUAUGCCGGCGAAGCAGUGUACGGCAUAUUCCUGUCGCUCUCUAACACGGGAACGGAUUACAAGACUGCCGUCAAAUGCCUGACAGAGCACUUCGCUCCUAAGAAGAAUACAGUUUUCGAACGACAUGUGUUUCGACAGGCCAGACAAGAGCCUGGAGAGACGUUGGACCAGUUUCAAGUCCGACUCAGAAGAUUGGGUGCAACGUGUGAGUUUACCGCCAUUGAGGACGAGAUAGUCUCGCAGAUCAUAGAAGGCACAUCGUCGCAGAAACUGCGCAGGGCUGCACUUCGCGAGACGGACAUCACGCUGGAGAAACUUCUUAGCACGGGACGCAGCAUCGAGAUCUCCGAAGUGCAAGCUAGCAGCAUAGAGAGCCCAACGUCAGCCCAACCUGUGCAGAAGAUCACACCAAAGAAGCAGCCGCAUGAGGGUCCGCCUCCGAAGAAAAAUCACCAGCGAAAUCGUCCGAAACAAAACCACACUGGAGACACCCAAGCAGAGAAGUGCUCAGCAUGUGGAAGGACCUGGCCCCACAAAGGUGGCAAGACAAACUGCCCAGCCUGGGGACAGACCUGUCAUAAGUGUCAGAAGAAAAAACACUUCGCUAAAUGGUGCAGAGGCCCUAGAGAGACAAAGGAAACAGUGCGAUCCCUGGCUGCAUCGACCUCCACAGCAGACCCUCAGCAAGCCCCGAGCUCAGAUGAGUCACUGUUUCAUGUGCGAACCAACACGAGCAAGCUUCCAGUUGUCACCGUCAAGGUUAAUGAUACGUCAAUAGACUUUUACCUGGACACUGGAGCUGGGGUCAACGUUGUAGGAGAGCAAACCUGGCGUAAACAGCUCCGAACACCGUUAGACGCUACAGCAACCCGUCUCGUACCGUACGGUAUUACCCAAGAGAUACCUGUGCUGGGAACAUUCGUUGCUGAGUUCAGUGCCCGAGAAACGAAAACGAGAGCACCAGUGUACGUUGUAAAAGGGUCACAGACAUCCCUUUUGAGCUACCAGACAGCCACAGAACUACAACUCGUCAGCGUUGUGCAGAACAUUGCCGAGAAGUCUUCCGUCGACGCCGUAAAGGAAUUUCCGAAGCUGUUUGAUGGACUCGGUAAGCUCAAGGACUUCCAAGUGAAACUAGAGAUUUCGAAAGACGUGCAGCCCGUCGCCCGUCAGCACCGGCGGAUUCCCUUUCGGUUAAGAAAAGCGCUAGAAGCCGAGGUGUCACGGCUGGAGGAACUCGACAUCAUCGAGCCAGUGACAGGACCGACACCAUGGGUUUCCCCUGUCGUCCUAGUUCCCAAGCCUCGGAACGACGGAGCGGUGAGAAUGUGCAUCGACAUGCGAGAACCCAACACAGCAAUCACGCGCGUUCGUCAUGUCAUGCCUACCGCAGAAGACAUAGUAAACAUACUAAACGGAGCUGCAUACUUCUCGAAGCUUGACCUCAAUGAGGGCUACCACCAGCUUGAAUUAAACGAAGAGUCAAGAGUCAUAACCACUUUCGCCACACACUGCGGUCUCAGAAGAUAUAAACGAUUACUCUUUGGCGUAAAUGCCGCAGCAGAAAUAUUCCAGGACGCAAUCAGACAAGUCCUGCCAAAUGAAGAUGGCAUCAUCAGUGUAAGCGACGAUAUCCUAGUGUCAGGGCGCACAAUCCAAGAGCACGACCGCCGUCUGCGCUUAGUGCUGAAACGUCUUGAAGAUGCAGGACUCACACUCAACAAGAAAAAAUGUGUCAUCGGUGCUCGAGUCCUCAAAUUCUUCGGACACGUGUUUUCGGCCGAGGGAGUGAGUGUCGACCAAGACAAAGUAGCAGCAGUAGCUGAAAUGACACCACCGAGAAACCCGACCGAAGUCAGGAGCCUUCUCGGAAUGGUUAAUUACUGCGGCAGAUUCAUCCCUCGCCUGGCCGAACUCGUAGAGCCACUGAGAAGCCUGACACACAGGGACGCCGAAUUCUCCUGGACAACAAAACACCAAGAGGCACUUGGCAAAGUGAAGGAGGCCAUGUCCCAAGCACACACUCUGGCGUACUUUGACGACAGCAAAGACACAUAUCUCCUCACCGAUGCUGGACCUGAUGGAUUAGCCGGCGUUUUGGUCCAAGAAAGAAAAAGGGACAAGAUACCCAGUAUCUUGGGGUACUACAGCAGAGCACUAAACCUGACUGAGAAGCGAUAUCCUCAGAUUGACAAGGAAAUGCUUGCAAUUGUGUCGGCUAUCGAACACUUCCGAGUAUACCUCGCUGGGGGACACUUCACAGUAAAGACAGACCAUCUACCGUUGGUGUCCAUCCUGAGAAACCCCAGUGCAAAACUGUCAGCAAGACUAGAACGUUUAAGCCUCCGAUUGCAACACUACCUAUUCGAGAUCCAGCACAUCCCGGGAAAGGACAACCCUGCGGAUUAUUUGUCCAGGCAUCCGCCUCCCUCACCGCAAGAAAUCAAGCCUUUCCGAGAAACAGACGCAGUUGAAGAAUACAUAUCCUUUGUAAUGAAGGCAGCCACGCCAAACGCACUAACCGUGCACGACAUCGAAGAUGCAUACAAGAACGAUGCGCAGAUGAACAGUUUAAUCAGCGCACUACGGGCAGCUGAUCGAAAGUCUCGUGAACGCCUGUGGAAAGAUGAAAAGCUAAAACCUUUUGCCCAAAUCAAGGACGAGCUAACUGUGACUGACAGCAACAUAGUCCUGAGAGGAACUCGUCUGGUGAUCCCCGAGAAAGCCCAAAUGCAGGUCAUCCACCUUGCACACCAGGGACACCAGGGUCUGGUGAAGACGAAACAGCUGAUACGAGAGAAAGUGUGGUUUCCAGGCAUAGACCAGAAGACGGAGGCCGUGAUCAAGAGAUGCGCAGCCUGUCAAACAAUUGUCGAGGAGAAAAGGGUUUCGGCCCUGAUGAUGACUCCACUACCCGAUGGGCCAUGGCAGUCACUUGCAGCAGACUUUGCAGGACCCUUGCCAGGAAACAGCUACCUGCUAGUGGUUGUGGACGAGUACUCACGAUUCCCCAUCGUUGCGACGUUGUCUUCACUGACUACCACAGCGGUAACGGCAAAACUCAACGAUAUAUUCGCAGUACACGGCUUACCACAUGUACUGAAAACAGAUAACGGUCCACCAUUCUUCUCGAAAGAAUUCGCAAGCUAUCUGAGCCAAAAUGGCAUACGUCAUCACCGUACCACCCCACUGUGGCCGCAAGCAAACGGUGAAGCAGAGAGAUUUAUAAGAAGUAUCAAGAAGACCGUGAAGGCGGCUGGCGCCUCCGGAAGCAACUGGAAAGAAGAAAUCAGCAACUAUCUCCUGAACUACAGAGCAACGCCACACUCCACGACUGGCAUUACUCCAGCAGAACUUCUGUUCGGCAGAAAAAUUCGAACAAGAAUUCCUGAGAUACCAGAAAAGAAACCCCAUGAGAACCUGGAAAAGAGAGACCGGGAGAAGAAGGAGCAAAUGAAAGCAUAUGCAGACAAGCAGCGUCAUGCAGCGCACCAUGAACUUCGACAAGGAGACACUGUGCUACUGAAACGGCAGUCGCCACUGUCGUGUGAGUCUGCAUAUGACCCUCGACCCUACCGAGUCAUCAGGGUCCAGGGAACAGCGAUCACCGCCGAACGCGACAACAAGAAAAUUGUCAGGAAUGCCUCAUUCCUUAAACGCGUUCCUAAAAUCCCCUCUCAGGAUUCGGACGAGUGGCAAACAGCGGAGCACCCUGCCCAUACAGCUGUUCCUCCUGCCAACGCAGAAGAUAGCACCAGCCCUUUUGAUGCGAGCCCGGAUCAACGCACAACCGGCAGCCAUACCACAGCAGCAGUGACAAACUGCCGUAGUUCCGAACGUGCAAAUCGCGGAAAACCGCCUACAAGAUUUGCAGACUACUUCUUUAUGUGA